GCCCUAGAUUUUAUUUACAACUUAAAACGAUGGCAAUCCCUCACCGCGCCGCUUAUGCACUGAGCUCCGAACAGUAAAACAGCAGAAAAGGUCUGUUCUUGUAGCCAUGGCGAGGGCCUUCUUGACGCAAAUUCUUAACGACAUCCCGUUUCCAUAUCACCCGCGACAUCUCCUCUUCUUCCUCUUGCUCUGAAGCUCUCCCUCCCCCUUCCAUUCCCUCUCCCCGCGGAGUAGUCGUUACCGGUCUGGGGUUGGUGACUCCGCUUGGUUGCGGAGUGGAAAACGACAUGGAAGCGGUUGAUAGAGGGCAAUUGUGGGAUAAGGGCGAUAACGCCUGAAGAUCUCAAGAUGGGUGCUUUUGAUAGAGAGACACAGUUGCAUAUAUUUGAUCAGAGGACUUCUAAAGUUGCAGCGACUGUGCCUUGUGGAAUGGGCUCCGGUGAUUUCAAUGAGGAAUUGUGGCUUAAUUCAAAGGUGAUGAAGCUUUAAAAGAUGCAAGAUGGCUGACCAUUGAGCAGGAAGAGAAGGAAAGAACAGUAGUCAUUUGUUUACUUCUAUGUCAUUUUUAUCUUUUCUCUUUCAGAAUUUAAUAAAUUUGCUAAAAGCAGGGGGUGUCCAUUAGUGGAGGGAUUGGGGCAUCAGUGAUAUAUUAGAUGCAGCACAAAUGAUAUGUGAAAAGGUUGUUUUAUCGUGAUACUCAAUUUAAUUAUGAUUAUUGCUACUAUCAUAUUUUUUUGUGUCUUCAUCAUCUUCGGCAGUUCCCCCUACAUUAGCUAUUGGCUUGAAAUUAUGCUACUUGGCCAUGUAAACAGUUGAAGUGACAAGUGAAAGAUCUGCUCUUUUAAUACAGUGCCUUCGUCGGGUUAGUCCAUUCUUCAUUCCAAGGAUAUUAAUCAACAUGGCUUCUCGUCACAUAGCAUAAAUAUGGAUUCCAGGUGUGUAUGUAACCUUCAAAUGCGAUACUUUUAGGAGCUUAUGACAACUUUAAGCCAGUCAUGCAGCUAGUUUGUGCUGCUGUACUUUGCUUUCAGUAACUUGUUGAAAGGAGACUCAAUUUCCUAGUGAUCUCAGUCCCCUGUUACUAUAAAUUAUGAAUUUCAAAUGUUAGUCAUUAGACUUUGUCUGGAUUUUGUUAGCUACAUGAAGUGUGGAUUAAUUAUGGAAAUUUCCUGGAAUAAUGCACAAAUCUGGUAAUGGACUCUCAAUCAAGAAUAAGGAAAACCCAGAACAAGGCUGGUAGCAAGAAGCUGUUACCUCAUGCUUCCUUGUUUCAAUUUCUUAACUAGUGCUUUUAUAAGGUGGAUGAUAUUCUUAAAAGAAAAACUUAGUUUGCUGAAUCAGUCCUCGUCAUACUUGGACAAAACCAGUUCUACCAUGGUUGUGAUAUCUUUCGAAAAGUUGCUGUUGCACCGUGUAGUCAUGUUUUUAAAUAUAGGGACCAAACCAUGCUGCAGUGACCUGUUCUGCAACUGGUGCACAUUCUAUUGGUGAUGCUACUAGAAUGAUUCAGUUUGGAGAUUCAGAUGUUACGGUUGCUGGGAGCACAGAGUCCAGCAUUGAUGCUUUAUCAAUUGCUGGAUUUUUCAGGUCUAGGACUUUGACUACAAAUACAAUUCUUCACCACUAGAAGCUUCAAGGCCUUUUGAUUGUGAUCGAGAUGGGUUUGUGUAAUUUUAUUCCUUUUUUUUUUUUUGUCAAAAAAUAAAAUAAAAUCUUUGUUGCCUGCCAUUUGUUUUCCUGAUAUGUAACUUGAUAUUUGAGCUCAAGAUUGGUGAAGGUUUUGGUGUCCUGGUAUGAGAGGUGAGUUGAGUGAUGCCUUUGUUCCAAUUUCAGUCUCAAUCUAAACUCAUGACAAAAAGGCUUUUAAUGGCUUUGCAUUUUGCCAAUUUUUUAAAUCCCUCUUUUAAUUUCCUUUUUAAUGAAGGAACUAGAGCAUGCCAAAAACUGAGGAGCAAAAAUUUAUGCAGAGGUUCGUGGCUAUGGGAUGUCAGGUGAUGCACAUCACAUUACUCAACCACAUACUGAUGGAAGAGGUGCUAUUUU